AUGGCCCCCAACCGCACAAGGUUCUGCAACUUAUGUGGUCAGGACAUCAAGCCACGAGGUUGGACUACUCAUCAGAAAGCUUGUGAGACAAAUGCAGACAAGCGGCACCGUGAUCAUGCCAUUGUAGAUGCAAUUCGGCAGGAAAAAGCACAGAACGAAUCUGUGCUUGAUGGACAACGGACGGCUCAACCUAGUCGCGCUCACACACCAAUCGAGGUGAGAGAUUACCAGCAUGAUAUUGCACAUGACUUUGAUGUGGACUUCAGCUUGACUGACCAUUUUGAGCCUGAACUUAUGGACGCCUCAGCACCACCCACCUAUUCGCUUGAUGACAUCAAGGUCGAGCAUCACCAAAAUAGUGGCAUCAAGGCACAAAUCUAUCCCUUCAACAAUUUUCAUUGUCGUCCUGCAACAUCUUCGGCUUACACCACUCCCAAUAACCACCCUUGGCGCCCAUUUCAAUCUCGACUUGAAUUUGAAGUAGCCGAGCUUGCUCUUGAGGUCGGAUUGAACAACAAACAAACGGACCGUCUCAUCAACAUUUGCCAUCAAUGUUCUCUCAGAAAGGAUAGUUUUACGCUGAAGAACCAUAAAGACAUUCACGGCAAGUGGGAAGCAGUGUCCCAUUGGAUCACAAAGUUCACGAAAGAUGUGAUCUCGGUCCCCUACGACAGCAAGAUGCGGGAAUUCGAUGUAUACUACAGAGAUCUUUGGGAUCUCACUACUGACCUACUUCGGGACCCUAACCUCUUCCCUCACUUCCAGUUCGACGCACAACACUUAUCGAAGUUUAAUGGGCAAACCUUCGUCCGCUUUGUAGAUGAACCUUUCACUGCGGAAGACUUUUGGAAUGUGCAAUCGCAACUACCACAGGAUGCAAAGCCACUAGCUUUCAUCCUAUACGCCGAUAAAACAAGAUUAUCAUCAUUUGGUACUGCGAAAGGAUACCCAGUUGUCGUGCACUUAGCAAAUCUACCUACUGAUAUUCAGAACGGACGAGGUGUAGGUAAUGGUUACAUUGUAGGAUGGCUGCCAAUUGUAUGUCCCAAUGUUUGUCUCAUUGUCGGUGCUGAUGGUGGGGUUGUAUUGUAUUAG